AUGGAGGUUCUUCAUCCUCUUUGGAUGAAGUCCCUCUUCCUCUUCGCGGCGUUAGUCGCUAGCCGAAGGCAAGAGCGAAGCUUCGCUUUUCUUACCGCCUCCUUCUCGGCACCGCCUGGCUGGUCCGGUCCGGACGCUUCUGGCCCCGCACCGGCUGCGCCUUCGCCCCCUUCUCCGCCUCCGGCACCUGUGACACUGGCGACUGCGGCGGCGCCCUCCGCUGCACCACCGCCCGUCACCCUGGCCGAGUUCACCCUCGCUGGAUCCUCAUCCGGCGACCAGGACUUCUACGACGUGAGCCUCGUCGACGGGUACAACGUCGGCGUUGGGGUGCGCCCAUCGUCGGCGGCGGCAACUGCCGGUACACGGGGUGCGCGGCGGAUGGCGGGUGCGACGGCGGCCUACAGCUACGCCUACGACGACGUGACGAGCACGAUCACCUGCGCCGCCGGCACGGCCGUCUACGUCGUCACCUUCUGUCCCUCCUACGCCGACUUCAAGAGUUGA